UGAGAAACGAGGGAGAAACGCGAGCAAAAGUACCCGCUGCGAAAAUUUCUGCGAAGCAAAAAUUGCGCAGUUGUCGCGAGCGAACGAGUCGGUGCGCACGCUCCCGCGCGUUCCCUUUGUGUUAUUUUCGGGCGGAAUCACCGUUUGAAGCUUUAAAUAGGACCGACUUUCCGACCGAGAAGACAGUUUGUAACACAACCGGUUCUAUAUGGUGGAGCAUCGAAGAUUAUUCACUAUGCCGACCGAAUGCAUGGCGAGCCCGUUGCAGCGCGAACUAGCCGACUCCAUAAUACGGUUGAAACCGCUCGACGAGAUCCGUAUUCUGCUGGCGUGCGGGGCGAAGGCGAACGAAGCUGUCACUCAGGGCUUGAGGCCGCUGCAUUACGCGGUGUGGCAAAAGUACACGGAAGCGGCCCAAUUGUUGUUGGUGCGCGGCGCGGACAUAGACGCGACCGACGAAUGCGGCUAUUCCGCGUUGCACCUCGCCGCCGAGCACGGCUACGUGGACUUGGUGAAGCUUCUGCUCGACCACGGUGCCAAGGUCGACCAUCGAGCGGACACCGGGGAGCUUUUCCCAAGGACGACGAUGUGCGACGAACCUCUGCGGCUCGCUCUGAAAAAUCGGCACGUCGACGUCGCGAGAAUCCUGUUGGAAGCUGGCGCGAACCCGAACAAACGUUAUUUCUUCGGUUCGGAGAUCAAUCUGGUCUCGCCGUUGGAUCUGCAAUGCAUGGAGCUGUUGCUGGCGUUCGGGGCUCAACCGAACACGAGGGAUCGCGCCGGACUCACGCCGUUGAUGAAAGCCUCGAGAUUGCCGCAGGGCAUAUCGUCCGUGUUGCUUCUGUUGAGCUACGGCGCGGACGUGAACUCGAUGGCGGACGCGAGACACGACUACCGGACCGUUCUCCACUACGCGAUCCUCGGCGGUGAUCCGACGGUGAUCGAUCUGCUCCUGAAGCAGGGCGCUCGACUGGACCUCGGGCCCGAGUAUCAAAAGCCGACGGCUCUCGACUUGGCCAUUCUCAAGGGGGAUCCCUCCAUCGUUCGGAUGCUGUUGAGAUCGGGUGCCGACGUGAACGCGACGUCGCCGAUCAUCGGUUCCCCGCUCCACGUCGCCUGCGCGGACAACAUUCCAAACAGACUGGAGAUCCUGACGAUGCUGUUGGAGCGAGGCGCGGACCCGAACCUGGUGAUACGCAGCGACGAGGGCCCGGCGUUGCGUCCGGUUCUGGCCGAAUACGUAGCCUCGAACGAGAACCCGUCGGUCCAGGUGGUGGCGCUCUUGCUCAAGUACGGUGCCCGGGUCGUGAUCAAGACGCAGUUCCGCGACCCGCACGGCAUACUGAACUCGCUCCAGAACACGGCGAACAAGCCGCGGCUGCUGAAGGCGUUGCUGGAAGCGGCGGAGAGCUUCGAUCCUUGCAUGAUACGGAGAUCGAGCAGCCUGACGGACGCGCAGAGGGCGAUCGUGAUGGAGGCGGCCAGAACUCCGUUGCCUCUCACCCAUCAGGCUAGGUUGAUCGUCCGGAAGCUGUGCGGCACCAAGUUGCCCAAAAUCGUUCACAAACUUCAGCUGCCGCAAUCGCUGAACCGUUACCUGCUCUACGACUUCCAUUAGGUUUUUGCCAAGCUUUGCCGACCCCGCGGAAUAGCCGCUAUCGAAGCUGCCGUUGCUUCCGAACAAUUCGCCGCGGCGACCGAUCGCGGCGCGGGCCCGUGGGCCCGUAGGCCCGUAGGCCCGUAGGCCCGUAGGCCCGUAGGCCCGAAGGCACGGGACGGAGGACGCGAAGCGCGCGGUGCAAACCGCGGUUCGUUUCCACUUUCUAGUUUCCAAUUUCCAGCCGCUUUUCCCGAUUCCGACCGCGUCGCGCUGUCCGCCGAACCGACGCGACGUCGGGUCGAAAAUCUGCCGCCGCGUUUCGGAGUCUACGAAGAAACCCGGCUUUCGAAGAGAAACUCUCGCCGCUCGCUCAAAUUGUCGUCGCCUCGAAAGGUUGCCUGCCGUUCGUCGCAUCACCGUCCACGUUUUUACUCGUUUCGCUUGAAUCGACGCGCGACGGCUCUUUCUACGCCUGUCGCGUCGACCGGUCGAUCCUGUAAACGGAAAUGGAAAGAAACAUCGAACGUAAUUUUCUACUUAUACGCGGUAUCCAUCCAACGAAUUCGUCGUUACACCCAACGUUACAACUAUGCGCGUAUGUAUAUUCGGGAAUACGUAUUCUUCGCCUGUUUACGACAACGCGUACAACGACCAUGUACAGCCCGAUCGAGACAACCGCCUCGACGAUCGAACCAAUAAAGGAUAACUGGAGGAAUA